GGCUGAGCGGUAGUCAUCGAAGUUAACUUUUAAAUUCCAGUUUUGUUCGCGUCUGUACGAACUCGAGGCAAAGGGUGGUUGAGAACAAAGGGCGACAACAAGAGUCAUGCUACUAGUUUAGCGUGAAAUGCCGGAGCGUCUUUUUGUGUCACAAGCCCGCUGAUAUUAGUGACGAGAGAGAAGAAGGCGCAAUGGGAAGCCGCAGAAGAGAGAGCCAAGCGGGGUCCAAGAUGCAGCCGGCCGCGGUGCUGCGGGGCGCACUGUUAACUUUGCUGCUUAGCCUGAGUGCAGGAGUUGAGGGGAGUGCUGAGUGUUCCUGUGGGAGGAACCACUUCACAUGUGCGGUCAGUGCGUUUGGCGAGUGCACCUGCAUACCGGCUCAGUGGCAGUGCGAUGGAGACAACGACUGUGGGGACCAUAGUGAUGAGGAUGGAUGCAUGCUUCCCACCUGCUCACCACUGGACUUCCACUGUGACAAUGGCAAAUGUAUACGACGUUCGUGGGUCUGUGACGGAGACAACGACUGCGAGGAUGACUCUGAUGAGCAGGACUGCCCUCCUCGAGAAUGUGAGGAAGAUGAGUUUCAGUGCCAAAACGGCUACUGUAUCCGCAGCCUCUGGCACUGUGAUGGAGACAACGACUGCGGGGACAACAGCGAUGAACAGUGUGACAUGCGUAAAUGUUCAGACAAGGAGUUCCGCUGUACAGACGGCAGCUGCAUUGCUGAGCACUGGUACUGUGAUGGAGACACUGACUGCAAGGACGGAUCUGAUGAGGAAAACUGCCCCUCAGAUGUGAUGGAAGCCACCUGCAGCGUCGAGGAAUUCCAGUGCGCAUAUGGCCGCUGCAUCCUGGACAUCUACCACUGUGAUGGAGACGACGACUGUGGAGACUGGUCGGAUGAGUCAGAUUGCUCAUCCCACCAGCCAUGCAGGUCUGUUGAGUUCAUGUGCAGCAGCGGGAUGUGCAUCAAUGCAGGCUGGAGGUGUGACGGCGAGUUUGACUGUGACGAUCAGUCCGAUGAGAUUAAUUGCACCACAUCCAUGUGUACAGCUGACCAAUUUCGGUGUGGAACUGGACGCUGCGUCCGGUUGUCAUGGAGAUGCGAUGGUGAAGAUGACUGUUCAGACCGCAGUGACGAAGAGGGUUGUGAGAAAACUGAGACAUCACCUUGUGCUCCAGACCAGUUCCGAUGUAGGAAUGGACGCUGCAUUGGUCAGAGGAAGGUGUGCAAUGAGGUUAACGAUUGUGAAGACGGGACUGAUGAACUUCCCCACCAUGAAUGCCGUCCACGCUCCAGUGAUGGCAACUGCAACCAGAAUAACGGCGGUUGCUCCCAGAAGUGUCAGAUGGUCCGAGGACUGGUCCAGUGCACCUGUCACACUGGAUACCGACUGAUGGAUGACGGCAGAUCAUGCCAGGAUGUGGACGAGUGUGCUGAAGAAGGCUACUGCAGUCAGGGCUGCACCAACUUAGAGGGGGGCUUCCAGUGCUGGUGUGUUCAUGGCUAUGAGCUGCGGCCCGACAAGCGCAGCUGCAAGGCGCUGGGUCCAGAGCCGGUUCUUUUGUUUGCCAAUAGAAUUGAUAUCCGUCAGGUUCUGCCACACCGCUCUGAGUACACACUGCUGCUCAACAACCUUGAGAACGCCAUCGCUCUUGACUUCCAUCACAGCCAAGAGCUGGUUUUCUGGUCAGAUGUGACGUUGGACCGUAUCAUGAAGGCCAACCUCAAUGGGUCCAAUGUGGAAGAGGUUGUCUCCACUGGCCUGGAGAGCCCAGGUGGGCUGGCCAUUGAUUGGAUCCAUGACAAAUUGUACUGGACAGACUCUGGGACAUCCCGCAUUGAGGUGGCCAACCUGGAUGGGACUCAUCGCAAGGUGCUGCUGUGGCAGAACAUGGAAAAGCCCCGGGCCAUUGCGCUGCACCCUAUAGAAGGUAAGAUCUACUGGACUGACUGGGGCAACACGCCUCGCAUCGAGUAUGCCAAUAUGGAUGGCUCGAACCGACGGGUCAUUGCGGACACGCACUUGUUCUGGCCAAAUGGCCUUACGAUCGACUAUGCUGGCCACCGCAUGUACUGGGUAGACGCCAAGCACCAUGUCAUCGAAAAAGCCGAUCUGGACGGACGCAAUCGUAAAGCUGUCAUCAACCAAGGUCUGCCUCACCCAUUUGCCAUAACUGUGUUUGAGGACAGCCUCUAUUGGACGGACUGGCACACCAAGAGCAUCAACAGUGCCAAUAAAUUUACUGGCAAAAACCAAGAGGUUAUCCGUAACAAACUGCACUUCCCCAUGGAUAUCCACACCUUGCACCCCCAGAGGCAACCUGAAGGAGGCAAGAACCGCUGCGGUGCCAACAAUGGAGGCUGCAGCCACCUAUGUCUCCCUGGCAACAAGACAUACACCUGUGCUUGUCCAACUGGUUUUAAGAAGGUGGACCACAACAACUGUGCUAAUAGUCUUGACAAGUUCCUGCUUUUUGCCCGAAGGACGGACAUCCGACGAAUCAGCUUUGACACAGAGGAUAUGUCAGAUGAUGUCAUUCCUCUGGCUGAUGUGCGCAAUGCUGUGGCACUGGACUGGGAUGCCAAAGACGGCUACAUCUACUGGACUGAUGUUACCACGGACUCCAUCAACAGAGCGCUGUGGAAUGGCAGCAAGCAGGAGGUGGUGGUGGACACCAGUCUGGAGAGUCCAGCGGGUUUGGCUAUUGACUGGGUGACCAACAAACUCUAUUGGACCGAUGCUGGUACAGAUCGUAUUGAGGUUUCUAAUGCAGAUGGGAGCAUGCGUACUGUGCUUAUAUGGGAGAACCUUGACCGGCCCAGGGACAUUGUUGUUGACCCAGUUGGAGGUUUCAUGUACUGGACUGACUGGGGUGCCAACCCAAAGAUUGAACGUGCAGGCAUGGACUCUUCAAGUCGCAUAGUCAUCAUCUCUUCCAACUUGACAUGGCCCAAUGGACUUGCUAUUGACUAUGAGACUAAACGCCUGUACUGGGCGGAUGCUGGCAUGAAGACAAUUGAAUACGGGAACUUUGAUGGUUCUGACCGACAGGUUUUGAUUGGCAGUCAGCUACCUCACCCCUUUGGCCUGACUAUACAUGAAGACAUGUUAUACUGGACAGAUUGGCAGUCUAAGAGCAUCCAGAGUGCUAACAAGCUCACUGGCUUGGGACGGUACACGCUUGCGGAAAACCUGGAGAACCUCAUGGAUAUUCACAUGUUCCAGAGACACCGGAAAACAGUACACAACUCGUGUGCAGUGAAUAAUGGAGGCUGUAGUGACCUCUGUCUCCUGGCCCCUGCUCCCAAAGCCUACAGCUGUUCUUGUCCCACUGGCAUAAACCUUCAAGCAGAUGGAAAGACCUGCACACCUGGGAUGAGCAGCUUCCUGAUCUUUGCACGGAGGACGGACAUUAGAAUGGUGUCUUUGGACAUUCCUUACUUUGCUGAUGUGGUUCUUGCGGUCAACAGUUCCAUGAAAAACACGAUUGCUAUCGGAGUCGACCCACAAGAUGGAAAGGUAUAUUGGUCAGACAGUACACUUAAAAAAAUCAGCAGAGCCAACAUCAAUGGAACUGCUGAUGAAGACGUAAUUUCUACAGGAUUGAUGACAACUGAUGGCCUGGCAGUAGAUGCAGUAGGCCGGAAGAUUUACUGGACUGACACAGGAACCAACCGGAUAGAAGCUGCCAAUCUGGAUGGUUCCAUGAGGAAGGUUCUGGUAUGGCAAAACCUGGACAGCCCUCGUGCCAUUGCCCUUUAUCACGAAAUGGGUUAUAUGUACUGGUCCGACUGGGGAGAGCACGCUAAGCUGGAGCGCUCAGCAAUGGAUGGGUCAGAACGAGUGAUCCUCAUCAAUAACAACCUGGGAUGGCCCAAUGGUCUUGCUAUAGAUAUGGCUGGCUCACAACUAUUGUGGGCUGAUGCUCAUACUGAGCGCAUUGAGGUGGCCGAUCUGAAUGGCCAAAAUCGCCACACCCUCAUAACACCUGUCCAGCACCCGUAUGGUUUAACCCUCUUGGGAUCCCACAUCUAUUGGACUGACUGGCAGAGCCGCAGCAUCCAGCGGGCAGACAAGAAUUCUGGUGCCAACACCAUAACUGUACGUGCCAACCUACCGGGACUGAUGGACAUUCAGGCCGUGGACAGAGAGAGGGCUCUGGGAUUCAAUAAGUGUGGCAGGAAGAACGGUGGCUGCACUCACCUAUGCCUGCCUCGCCCCAAUGGUACUUCUUGUGCUUGUCCCACUGGCGUCCUGCUCAAGGGAGAUGGUAGAUCAUGUGACGACUCCCCCGAAACCUUUCUUCUCUUCUCCAACCGUGUCAGUGUGCGGAGGAUCUCCUUGGACACUAAUGAUCACACAGAUGUGCACGUACCUGUGCCUGAGCUUCACAAUGUCAUUUCGCUAGACUAUGACAGUGUAGAUGGAAAACUGUACUACACUGACGUCACUUUGGAUGUGAUAAGACGUUCAAACCUUGAUGGCAGUGGCAUGGAGACUGUAAUCAGCCAGGGCCUAAAGACCACAGAUGGGCUGGCCAUGGACUGGGUGGCCAGAAACAUGUACUGGACUGACACCGGACGAAACACCAUUGAGGUGGCACGUAUAGACGGAACCAGCCGCAAAGUCCUUGUCAACAACAGUUUGGAUGAACCCAGAGCCAUUGCAGUGUUCCCAAGCAAAGGGUUCCUAUUCUGGACCGAUUGGGGUCAUAUCGCAAAGAUUGAGCGAUCCCACCUGGAUGGCACAGACCGCAAAGUUCUCAUCAAUACUGACCUGGGCUGGCCCAAUGGACUCACAUUAGACUAUGACACACGGAGGAUUUUUUGGGUUGAUGCCCACUUGGACAGGAUUGAGAGUUCUGACCUGAAUGGGAAACUGCGUCAGAUCCUCGUUAGCCCAGUUUCCCACCCCUUCGCCCUAACACAGCAAGACCGUUGGAUUUAUUGGACUGAUUGGCAGACUAAGUCCAUCCAGCGGGUGGACAAACACACUGGCCGUAACAAGGAAACUGUCCUGGCCAAUGUUGAGGGCCUUAUGGACAUUAUCGUGGUAUCACCUAACAGGCAGACAGGUACGAACCUCUGUGGGGUGAACAAUGGAGGCUGCACUCACCUAUGCUUUGCCAAAACCAACAGUUUUGUCUGUGCGUGCCCAGAUGAGCCAGACGGACGACCAUGCUCAACCAUUGCAGGCUACAUCCCCACUUCUCCCAGCAGAGAAACCAGCAGCAUCCCUGUCCCUAAAGCUCCAACAGAAACCUCCCAAAGAGGACCCCCGGUGGUUAACUGCACUGACAAGAACCUAAAUGGAGAAGGGUGCUUACAGAGUAAUGUGGUUACUGCUCCCCAUGGUGAAGGACUACAUGUCAGUUAUGUGAUUGGUGGAGUUUUGACUAUACUGGCUAUUCUGAUUCUCAUCGUUGCUUUGAUUAUUUACAGACAUAAAAAGUCAAAGUUUGCUGACCCAGGAGUUAGCAACCUGACCUACAGUAACCCUUCAUACAGGACUUCCACACAAGAGGUCAAGAUUGAGGCCUCCCAGAAGCCUCCGAUAUAUAAUCAACUUCGAUAUAAGAAAGAGGGCGGUGUGGAUGGAGGGUACACUAAGGAGAAGAUCCGUAUCGUGGAGGGUGUGUGUCUUCUGUCCACUGAGGAGCUUUACUGGGAUGACCUCAAACAGAUUAAGCCAUCACGAGGGGGCCUGCACACCUGCAUGCGCACAGACACUGUUUCGCUGCAGGCAAGCAGCGCUUCACUGGAUGAUGGCGAGACGGAGCAACUCCUUCAGGAGGAGGUGUCGGAAUGUUCCUCCAUAACCACCCUGACCCCUUCAGUCAUCACCCCUCAGCGUCACGCCCAGCACAGCCUGCCAGACACCGGCUGGAUGUCCAUGCGCAAGCCCUCCACUGAGAGUGAAGUGUGAGGGGGGCCUUUGUGCUUUAUAUCUAUCAACCUCAAUUGCAAAAACACGCAAACACGUCUGUAUUUUUAGCUGGUACAGACAUAGACGAUUCAAGGUACUAGCACAGAUGCAUAUUUAGUCAAAAUCAAACAAGUUCCUAACUGAACUCUUUAUCUGAAACUAGGCCUCCGUCCUACUUGUACACAGAUAUACAUACACAGGCCGUCAUAGUAGCCUACUGUGGUAAAAUAGUAAACAAACUGGUAAACUAAUUAAUAUGCUGGAAUAAGUAAAAGCAAAGGACUCUUGGGAGGAAGUGACCAGACAUACAAACACUAAAAGGAUGCAGACUCUCAUUGUGACGUGUGUACUACAUCACCGCUUUUGGGGGGAUUUGUUUUCUCCUUGGAUUCAGCUGAAUCAACAUUCUCCCAGGACUCUGUAACUAUGUUGCCCUAAAACCACUCAUCUCUUUAUGAACUCUAUUUAUGAAUUUUUGUACUUCUAAGUGGGCUUUCAGACUUUCACGGAACAGUGAGUGUUGUGUUGAGCUUUGUGCAGCAGGUAUUCAAGUGUUGUAUUUAUGACAGUGCCAAAGGGUGGGGCUUUACCAAGUCCCCAUGCUUCUUCUUGCAUUUACACAUCAAUGGAAAGGUGUCACAAUUUGAAAUUUGUUUCAUUUCAAAACAGUAGAAGCCCUUUGUGGUAAUGUUUUCUUUAACAAGACAAGCAGAUAAGAUUUAGCAGGGAACUCUUCAGUUGAUUGCACAAGUGUAUUUCCGCAAAUGCUGCCUAAAAGGUCCUUAAGUCGUAAUUUAACUAUUGCUCAUCUUUAGACUGAGCUAAGGAAGUUGCAGUGGUGUAACAGCCAAAGUGCCAGAUCGUUUAUCCAUCUACCAUUCUUAGAAGGUGUAAAAAAAAAAAAAAAAAAAAAAUGUGGCCAUGGUGUAGUUGUGCUUAUAUACAUACACACACACUGUAUGUGUAACAAGUUAAAAGAAAAGCACACAAAGAUACAGAGUCCGCUAAAGGCAGAACGCAUGCGGUACAAAGCAGAAAUCUUUUCUGGCACUACAUGCUUUGGAAGUUUGUGCUUUACUUUGUCUGGUAUAGAUACUGACAAAAUGUAAUUUUAGAACAAUUAUUUCAUCGGUUAUUUGUCCCUGCAAAUUUUUAACCAUAUUCACAGCACUUACAGGUAUGAUUGUAAUGUGAAACUCCUUGAUUUUAAGAAUGUUACAAAAAUAUCUCAACUCAGCCAAUUAGUUUUUUAGAAUUAAAGUGUUUUAUUGUAACUGCAUCUAGCGCACCACUAUACCAAACCCUAAACUGCUCCUAUAUAAUUUUUUUAAGGCUGUUAAAAUAUAUGCAGUGUAUGCUGUAUAUAUCUACAGUAUAUGCACACACAUCG